AUGCCACAUUUGACCUUUGGUCAGGCCACUGGACUCACACUAAUUGGUGGCCAUGUGGUAGUCAUUGUUAUUCAUGUAUGCACUGGAGCCUUUAUUGAAUUUAAGGUCCUGGGCCAGACCCUGGCAACAUCAGAACAAGUGAAUAGGUCCGGCAGAGAGGUGGUAGGCGGAAAGGAAAGCACGCGUUGUGUCAGACACAGCGGGGGAGCAUCUUCUGUGAUGGCUCCUGACACUACCCUGGUCCUGGUGGCGGCAGCGGCGGCAGCCCUGGAGCCGGCCGACCCCCCUCCCGCGAUGCCGCAGGCGGCAGGAGCUGGAGGGCCCACAGCCCGCAGGGAUUUCUACUGGCUGCGCUCCUUUCUGGCCGGAGGUAUUGCUGGAUGCUGUGCCAAAACAACAGUUGCCCCAUUGGAUCGAGUAAAAGUUUUAUUACAAGCUCACAAUCACCAUUACAAGCAUUUAGGAGUAUUUUCUGCAUUGUUUGCUGUUCCCCGAAAAGGAUUCCUUGGAUUGUAUAAAGGAAAUGGUGCAAUGAUGAUUCGAAUCUUUCCCUAUGGCGCAAUCCAGUUUAUGGCAUUUGAGCAUUAUAAAACGCUUAUUACUACAAAGCUGGGAGUUUCAGGUCAUGUGCAUAGAUUAAUGGCUGGAUCCAUGGCAGGUAUGACAGCAGUUAUCUGUACUUACCCUCUUGACAUGGUUAGGGUCCGCCUAGCAUUCCAGGUGAAAGGGGAACACACCUAUACAGGAAUUAUUCAUGCAUUCAGAACUAUUUAUGCAAAGGAAGGUGGUUUCUUCGGAUUUUACAGAGGCCUGAUGCUUAUUAUUUUAGGAAUGGCUCCAUAUGCAGGUGUUUCAUUUUUCAUUUUUGGUACUUGAAAGAGUGUUGGGCUUUCCCAUGCCCCUACCCUUCUUGGCCGACCUUCAUCAGACAAUCCCAAUGUCUUAGUUUUGAAAACUCACAUAAACUUACUUUGUGGUGGUGUUGCUGGAGCAAUAGCACAGACAAUAUCCUACCCGUUUGAUGUAACUCGUCGGCGAAUGCAAUUAGGAACUGUUCUGCCAGAAUUUGAAAAGUGCCUUACCAUGCGGGAUACUAUGAAGUAUGUCUAUGGACACCAUGGAAUUCGGAAAGGACUCUACCGUGGUUUAUCUCUUAAUUACAUUCGCUGCGUUCCCUCUCAAGCAGUAGCUUUUACAACAUAUGAACUUAUGAAGCAGUUUUUUCACCUCAACUGA